AUGCAUGAACAUUUGUUUCCCGAUCCGCGCAUCCUUUUUGACAUUCCUUUGCUUGAACUUCGGACGGUUCUAUUUGUUCUGCAGGGCAGCCUGAGAAGGCAAGUAACACCACAAAUGUCCUUUCCUUGCCGAAGUCAGUUGCUGUGGUUUGCUUCAAGGACACAUAUUCCUACAGACAAAUCAGACAAUGAUAUCGUGCGUUUGAAGCUGAGCAUGCUGACACAUUUGCUAGUGCCUCAGGACAUUCCUGCUUGGGAUCUGCCUGCUUUUGUACCUGACAGGCUUUCAAACAAAUGGCGGCGGCGUGCAGAUUGUGUUUCUCCCUUGGAGCCAUACUCCCAGACAGGGGCCGAGAGUACUGUUCUACCACAGGGCCAUGUUGCAUAA